CAAAGGCCGCGUACGUUGGCACCUUUUUGUAGGAGUGAUUCAUCUUGCUAAUACGUAAUCUUUGUGUGGAUACACGGGCAGCGCUCUCAUGCCUGCUGUGGUGUCUGAUGACUCUGUGAGGAUGGACGGUGUGUCGUUGGGACACUGCCUCUCAUGUCUCACCAGCCUGGUGGCCACACCGGCCUCACCUCGCCCAAACUGCACCACGGAUUCAGAGGAGGACACGGUGAAUGGGGGGAUGCACACCUUCAACCAGACGCACAUGAGGAAAGCGUUCCAGCUGAUGAACGAGCUAAGAAGUAAAAAGAUGCUGUGUGACGUCCAGCUGGUGGCGGGGAGUGUUGAAGUGCCAGCCCACAGGGUGGUCUUAGCAUCCUGUAGCCCCUACUUCUGUGCCAUGUUCACAGGUGACAUGAGUGAGAGUAAAGCCCAUCAGGUGGAGAUCAGAGAAGUGGACGGUCAGACUCUGAGAAAUCUGAUCGACUACAUUUACACAGCAGAGAUAGAAGUUACAGAAGACAACGUCCAGGUUCUUUUGCCAGCAGCCAGUCUUCUCCAGCUGAUGGAUGUCCGUCAGGUUUGUUGCGAGUUCCUGCAGUCUCAGCUUCAUCCCACCAACUGUCUGGGCAUCAGAGCCUUUGCUGACGUGCAUACAUGCACAGAGCUUCUCAGCCAGGCCCAUGCAUAUGCAGAGCAGCAUUUCACUGAUGUGGUGCAGGGUGAGGAGUUCCUGGCUCUGUCUCUGCAGCAGGUGUGCAGCCUCAUCUCCAGUGACAAACUCACCGUCUCCACUGAGGAAAAGGUGUUUGAGGCAAUGAUAGCUUGGAUUAAGCAUGAUAAACCAGCCCGUCUGGAGCACAUGCCGAGACUAAUGGAACACGUUAGACUUCCACUACUGUCCAGGGACUACCUGGUUCAGAUUGUUGAGGAAGAAGCUUUGAUUAAGAACAACACCACCUGCAAGGAUUUUCUCAUCGAGGCGAUGAAAUAUCACCUGCUGCCAGCGGACCAGCGUCACCUCAUCAAGACAGACAGAACACGGCCGCGAACUCCGGUCAGCAUCCCGAAGGUGAUGAUUGUGGUUGGUGGCCAGGCUCCUAAAGCCAUCCGCAGUGUGGAGUGUUACGACUUCCAGGAAGAUCGUUGGUACCAAGUUUCCGACUUGCCUUCGAGACGUUGCCGGGCAGGCGUGGUUUCCAUGGCGGGCCAAGUGUAUGCAGUCGGUGGGUUCAACAGUUCGCUGCGGGAGCGGACGGUGGACGUGUACGACGGAGUGAGGGACCAGUGGAGCGCUGUGGCGAGCAUGCAGGAGAGACGCAGCACACUGGGAGCUGCAGUGUUGGGGGACUUGCUGUACGCUGUAGGAGGCUUUAAUGGAAGCAUAGGUUUGUCAACUGUUGAGGUCUACAAUUAUAAAACCAACGAGUGGCUGUAUGUGACCUCCAUGAACACCCGGCGCAGCAGUGUGGGUGUCGGUGUGGUUGAUGGUAAGUUGUAUGCAGUGGGAGGUUAUGAUGGAGCAUCUCGGCAGUGUCUCAGCACGGUGGAAGAAUAUGACCCAGCCUUGGAUCAGUGGUGCUAUGUAGCUGAUAUGAGCACACGGAGAAGUGGAGCAGGUGUGGGUGUGUUGGGCGGUCUGCUGUACGCUGCAGGAGGACACGAUGGUCCUCUGGUGAGGAAGAGCGUGGAGGUGUAUGACCCACAGACCAACACGUGGAGACUGGUCUGCGAUAUGAACAUGUGUCGAAGAAAUGCAGGCGUCUGUGCCAUUAAUGGGCUGCUGUAUGUCAUCGGAGGAGACGAUGGGUCCUGUAACCUCUCCUCUGUAGAGUUUUAUAACCCGGCUACAGACAAGUGGAGCCUCAUUCCCACCAACAUGAGCAACGGGCGCAGCUAUGCUGGAGUAGCAGUGAUUGACAAGCCUUUAUGACCCAGGGCUUCCCACAGCAUCACAUCUGUGCCAACAGCCAGUGUCACAGGAAGCAAGCCAAUGGAGAAGUAACGCCUGAAAUAAGCACUGUUCUAAGAAAAAGGGGAGACUCCCUCAGUCCUCAGCUAACACAAUCACAGAUUAAUCUAUGAGCCUCAGUUCGGGAUCUGCUAGUUGUCUUUACUUUGUUGCUGUCUCCAAACUUUUCCUGUGACACAUAGGGGCAUUCUCUGCACUGAAUAAGAAGCAACAGCCACAGGAGGGUGGGUUUGCAGGAACUUUUAGUAGGAAUUUUCAAAUGUAAAGCACAUGACCAGGAGCUGUAUCAGCUGUCAUGAUGUGGACUUUGAUGUGGGUGUUGGACAGUGGUUUUUGUCAAGAAAGAGCCGCCGUUAAUGGACCAAACGGAGGCGAAGGUUUUAGGUGCCUGAUGAAGAAGUAAUGCUUCAUUUCAUGUGAUGGACCAAGUGGAACUGGGGCAAGUGAACACUUUGAAACACCAGCUGAGGAGGACGUUGACUCAACAACACUAGCUAUUUCAGGAAGUCCAGCUACCAACUGCAUCCAGGAUUUUGCUGCAGUAAUCCACCUGACACAAAGCUGACCUUUGAUUGGCUUUUGCAGGAUUAUUAUUUUUUUAUUCUUAGAAUCCCUUUUUUAAGUGAUAGCUAUCGCACAACUUGUUCGUCUUUCUAGAAUUAAGAAUACAGCUUACGUCAACCAUGUCCUCAGCUUGGUCCUGAAAGAAGAAUGGAGCUGUUUGUUUGCAGCUCCAGUGGUUGGACUGGAUGAAAAUCAGUUGUGGUUACAGAUUCACCUCAGUUACCAGCAGUAUUAAUUCUCAGCUCAAAAACUUGGACCUAAAGAGCUGCAAAUUUAUACAAAGAAUGUUGAAAGCCUCUUAUAUGCAAAUCAAGUCUCGUGUUAGAUAUUUUUUAGAUAUUUUUUUCUCUGAAGUUUCAAACCACUGCUGCAACUUAUAAUCAGGCUGAUGGGACUUGGAAACACUGCUGAUGCUCUGAUCUUUUGCACUGACUGCUGCAGACUGGCAGGAUUCACCGAUUGGCCGUUGGAGCGUCUGACUGUCUUCUGGCUGACCGACAAAUUGGAUCUCUGACCUGCUGUCAGACAGGCGCCGCUCAUCUGUUACUGACUGACACACUCGAGAAGGCCAAUCAUUUAUUCAGAAAUAGUAAAAAAAAAAAAAAAAAAAAGAAGUGCCAGUAAUGAUAAACUAAACUUGGAGCAGUGGUGGAGUUGUUUUUAUUGCUGAAUAACAAACUAAAACGUUGAAAUGUUUGUCUUCCAGUAAAGAGUGUCAAAAAGCACUGUAGAAAUUCAGCUGUAAAAGAUGCAGGGUUAAGAUUAUUUGUUGUCCGUAUUGAUUACAUAGCAUUUAUUAACAUGAGCUAAGGUUCUCUUUCUCAGUUUGAAAUUGCCACAGUUCUAACCUGACAUUCAUGUGGACAAGGGUUAAUAUAUUUAAGAUGCAAGUAAAUGACUGGUGCCAAUGCUUUGAGAAAAGAGAAUCAUAGAAACUGUUUUAUGGAGGUUUCUUUUUGGACCAACCUUUAAUUUGUUAUUAAAGUUAUGAACCUUUUAGAGUCACAGGAAAACCAAUACAAAGUUCUAAUGCAACCGUACAGUUUUAUAUGUUAAGUCUUAGUGUGUUUUUUCUAUUUAUUCAUGAAACAAUCUGAUCUUUAAGGAUCUUUAGUUUGGAACUUUUUAAAAAGCGAACGCUGAUGUGUUUAAUGAUGUAACGUGUUUCUGAGAAUCAGUCCAGGACGGGUCAUAUUCAGAUUUAUUUAAAGUUAACCAGGAAUCAGGUAAGUUGAGUGAAUUGUGUGCGAAAUAUCCAAAAGACCAACCAUGCAUCACUAAACUUUGAACAAAAAGUAAGGAAACUUGGGUUUGGUCUAAUAUUUCUCCCUUUAAUAAAACCAGUUGGUGUUAA